CCACACUGUUGUGCAGCCCUAAUCCCGAUGAACAAAUGAUAACAAAAUAAUUAAAAUCGCCUAAGUUGACGAUUAAUGGAAGCAAUGGGGGACCAAUUAAUACUGGCCACCGGUGGAUACGAUCACACAAUCAAGGUGUGGCAAGCCCAUACCGGCAACUGCAUCAAGACAAUGCGUUUUGUGGAGACAUCCCAAGUAAAUGCGCUGGACCGCACGCCAGACAAGACGCGCCUGGCGGCAUGUGGCUAUCAGUGCAUCCGUCUGUAUGACCUGGAAUCGAAUUGCACCGCUCCGGUGAUCAACUUUGAUGGCGUGCAGAAGAAUGUGACGCGGCUGGGCUUCCAGGAGGAUGGCAACUGGAUGUUCACCGCCGGCGAGGAUCAUCAUGUGCGCAUAUGGGACAUGAUAUCGGCACCGCCCCACUGCUCGCGGGUCUUCGACUGCGAGUCGCCAGUGAAUGCCGCCUGCCUGCAUCCCAAUCAGGUGGAGAUCGGCAUGGGGUCGCAGAACGGCAACGUCUUCCUGUGGGAUGUCAAGUCGGAGAAGCACGAGUGCAUCGUGCCCGAGGUGGAUGCGUCCAUUCAGGACGUGGCCAUCUCACCCGACGGCCACUACCUCGCGGCGGCCAACAACAAGGGAAACUGCUACAUCUGGUCCCUGUGCAGCAGCCCCGACCAGAAGAUGAGCACCAUGCGACCCACAAAGAAGAUCACAGCGCACAGCCGCUACAUUCUGCGCUGCAAGUUCAGCCCCGACUCGCGCCUGCUGCUGACCACCUCCGGCGAUGGCACGGCCUGCCUCUGGAAGACCUCGGACUUCAGCAAGUGGCGCGAACUUUGCAUCGAGAACUAUUGGGUGUGGGAUGCGGCGUUCAGUGCAGAUUCCAAAUGGCUCUUUACCGCCUCAUCCGACGGUGUGGCGCGCCUGUGGAAGCUAGAGACAAAGACGCCCACGCGGGAAUACACCGGCCACACCAAGGCCAUCACUGCCCUGUCCUUCAAGGAUGAGAUUAUAAGGAAAGUUAAUCACUAAAUAGAAUGUAAGAAAGUCUUUGGUUAAGUCAAGAAAAAGUAGAGCCGCUGCCCAGUCCGAUUGUCUCCUACUCUCUCUCUCUCUCUCUCUCUCUUUUGCAUUUAAUUUCUGGCAACCAAAACAAAUUUCACUCUCUCUUCGCUGUGGGUUUUAGUUCUUAGGCUAAAUGUUCUUCUAACUUUCUAAUCUAAAAAUGCUUCCGAGUUGAGCAAUUGUUCAACUUUGAAUUCAACACCAAACAGAGCGAGACAAGCGACACUGGGAGUGGCAGAGAGGCAGGCAAACGCUUAGGCUCUGGCAAAUAAUUUUUGGAGGCAGUUACUCAGCGACCAUCCCAUCCCCCCCACCACCAGCAUUAACCAGAACUGAAGCAAGCAUCAAACAACAACACGUCGCCAUUCAACGAUAGUUCAGCAAACAAAACAAAAAGGAACA